AUGGAGUAUCAGAAAGAUACAACUCAUGUAGUUAUUCAAUUUAAUGAAGAAACUAAACAUGGUAAAGCAAGCGUUGAUCUGGUACCAAUAUCUUGGACCUACAUUGAAAACAAAAUUUUAUAUUGUAAAUACCCAACAAAAGAAAGUUACCAUAAAGUUGAUGUAAUGAGUAAAGUUUCAUCUGCUCAUGAAACUUCAUGGAAAGGAUAUAAAAUACAUGUAAUCAAAGAAGUUCAAAAUUAUGAACAAGGGCUUAGAAGAAUGCAUAGAGCUUUCUCAAACAAAGUUAUCCUUAGUAGCAAUGCCGAGGAGAAAGAUAGUUCUGAAGAAGGUGAUGAUAUUAUUAAUUUAAGUGGAAAUGAGCUGAAAAAAUAUCUUAAAGAUAUUCCUUCCUUUGAUAUUGUAGAAAAAAAAAAUAAUGGUAACUGA